UUUUCUUCAGUCUCACGCAAUCGAUUCUGUUUGGCGUACAGAUUGUCUCGGCCGCUUCGGUUAUUUCCUGUAGAAAAGUACAGUCGUGACGAUUUGUUGCUCAUCAAAAAGCCGAAAUGACCAUCGGUAGCUUCCUCCGGUUCCGACCAUCGCUGGUGCAGGCAAAAUCGCUCUUGGAGGGCACUGGGCAGCGCUUUUCCAGUCACACCACAUUUGCGGAACACAAACAACUGGAGAAAAUUCGUAAUAUCGGGAUCUCGGCUCACAUCGACAGUGGCAAAACUACCCUCACGGAACGUAUUCUGUUCUACACCGGAAGGAUAACUCAGAUGCACGAGGUCAAGGGAAAGGACAAUGUAGGCGCAACGAUGGACUCGAUGGAGCUGGAACGGCAGCGAGGAAUUACGAUUCAAUCGGCGGCUACUUAUACCAUUUGGAAGGACCACAACAUCAACAUUAUUGACACCCCAGGUCAUGUGGACUUUACGGUGGAAGUGGAACGUGCGCUUCGAGUUCUGGAUGGAGCCAUCCUGGUGCUUUGUAGCGUCGGCGGAGUACAGAGUCAAACGCUGACCGUCAACCGACAGAUGAAAAGAUACAACGUCCCCUGUUUGGCAUUCAUCAACAAACUGGAUCGCACCGGGGCAAACCCAUAUCGAGUCCUGGGGCAGCUGCGUUCCAAGCUGAACCACAACGCGGCCUUCAUUCAGCUUCCGAUCGGGGUGGAAAGCAACUGUAAAGGUAUCGUGGAUCUGGUCAAACAGAAAGCUCUCUACUUCGAGGACCAGCUGGGGCUGACGGUGCGUGAAGACGAGAUUCCCCAGGAUAUGCGGACCGAGUGUGACGAGCGAAGGCACGAGCUGAUCGAGCACCUAUCCAAUGCCGACGAUCUGCUCGGAGAGCUGUUCCUUGAGGAGAAAGUUCCUACGGAGCAGGACAUUAUGGGAGCGAUCCGUCGAUCAGCGAUGAAGCGAUCUUUUACUCCGGUGCUCGUGGGAACGGCUUUGAAGAAUAAGGGCGUUCAACCGUUGUUGGAUGCGGUAUUGAAUUAUUUGCCUCAUCCCGGGGAGGUCGAAAAUAUUGCUCUGAUUGAGAAGAAAGGCGAAGAGCCAGAGAAAGUGAUUCUGAACCCAGCUAGAGACGGUAAGGAGCCGUUUGUUGCUUUGGCUUUUAAACUGGAAGCUGGUCGAUUUGGUCAGUUGACUUAUAUGAGAUGCUAUCAGGGAGUGCUGAAGAAAGGUGACAGUAUUUUCAAUGUCCGGUCUGGUAAAAAGGUACGAUUGGCGAGACUGGUUCGUCUACAUUCCAACAACAUGGAAGAUGUAAACGAAGUCUAUGCUGGUGAUAUUUUCGCACUUUUCGGAGUAGACUGCGCCAGCGGAGAUACGUUUGUAACAAACCCGAAACUGGAACUCUCUAUGGAAUCGAUCUUUGUCCCAGAUCCAGUCGUUUCAAUGGCAAUUAAACCAAGCAACAACAAAGAUCGCGACAACUUUUCGAAAGCUGUGGCUCGCUUCACAAAAGAGGAUCCAACGUUCCGAUUUGCAUACGAUAACGACAUAAAAGAAACCUUAGUCUCAGGAAUGGGUGAACUGCAUUUGGAAAUCUACGCCCAACGAAUGGAACGGGAAUAUAAUUGUCCAGUUACCCUUGGAAAGCCGAAGGUUUCGUUCCGUGAAACUUUGGUAACGGCUUGCGAAUUCGAUUACCUUCACAAGAAGCAGUCCGGUGGACAGGGACAGUACGGUAGGGUAACCGGAAUACUGGAACCGCUGCCACCAAAUCAAAAUACUUCGCUAGAAUUUUCGGACGAAACCAUUGGUACCAACAUUCCGAAACAAUAUGUACCCGCCAUCGAAAAGGGGUUCCGUCAGAUGGCCGAAAAAGGUCUUCUCUCUGGUCAUAAACUGUCAGGCAUUAAAAUGCGACUGUUGGAUGGUGCCCAUCACAUUGUGGAUUCCUCCGAUCUGGCUUUCAUGUUGGCUGCCCAGGGAGCCAUCAAGAGUGUCUUCGAGAAUGGUUCGUGGCAAAUUUUGGAACCCAUUAUGAUGGUUGAGGUAACGGCACCUGAAGAGUUCCAAGGAACCGUUAUUGGGCAGCUGAAUAAACGGCACGGUAUCAUCACCGGAACCGAGGGUACCGAAGGGUGGUUCACUGUGUAUGCCGAAGUACCGUUGAACGAUAUGUUCGGAUAUGCGGGAGAGUUGCGAUCCAGCACCCAGGGCAAGGGAGAGUUCAGCAUGGAAUACAGUAGGUAUUCACCAUGCAAACCAGAUCUGCAGGAGAAAUUGGUGCAUGACUAUCAAGUCUCCCAAGGUUUAGUGGUGGACAAGAAGCAAAAGAAGAAAAAUUAAGAACGCUAGCUUUUGAAUCUGUUAUGCGGGUGAUGAUUGAUGUAAAUAUUAGAGUAAAUGAUAUGAUAACGAUUGACGUAACUACGAUGUAAAUUAUACUCUAAAAAGAAAUACCUAGCUAUAACUUAAAACUUAAGUUGUAAUGAUUUUACGUUAGGUUGGAGAAUAGGAUAGUGAUCAGGAAUCGAAUUGAUAAUAAAUUGUACCGUUUUUCACGACCUAGAAAAU